UUUGUCCCGUUUGUGUUAAAGAGAAAAAAAGAUGGUUGGUUUACUGAAUCCCGUUAAAUAUGGCGGAAAUUUCUAUGACUUAUAUACGCUAAAUACGAGGAGGAAGUUUCAAAACGAUCGUAAAAAUCAUUUAAAACGCAAAACCAAAGAUAGGAAAGUUGCGCCGCCUAUCGUAGAUCCUAAUCCCGAACAUCGCAAUGUUAACCCUUUGGAUCCACCGUUAAUAAAAGAACAAUUACUUUUGUGUCCUGCAUUUCCGGUGGCUCAUAUCGAACUGCAGCCGAAUGCGUCACAAUUUACAAUUUUUUCAGUUAUACGAUCGACAGUUCUAGAAGCGGAGACCCGCCGUUUAUUGUUUUAUGAGCUAAGAUAUUUACCCACAACUAGCUCUUCAUGUUGUUUGUUAUGCACUGAUACCUGCUUGGCUAGCAACCAUGCUGAAUGUUCUUGUCGUGUUUCUGCAUCUAUACAAACGGUAGUUGGUUCUAGCGGAGAGAAACGUACACGACAGGAUUCCGCCAAUAGUGAUAUAGAUUCAGAAACUGAAGAAAUCAGUGAAAAAGACGUAAAACCUGUUGUCGUCCCUUUAAUAGUAGGGGCUGGUUUGCGUAGCCUUUUUGAAUUGAUAUCCGAAACACGGCACAUUCAGCCCACACUUUGCUCAAAGGCGCUAAAAGCUUUAUUAGAUGUUAUCCAAGGCCAGCAACCAGAAUCGUUUAAACGAGAGCCCGAAGAAUUAAUAAAUCCCUUGUAUGAUUUAUUACUUGAUUUAACGACAAUGACAACUACGACUGCAGCUGAGGGGGACUGGUCCGGCAUAGCUUGUUCUGCUUUAUUGGGUUUGUGCAUUGCACGCGGUGACACCAGUCGCAUGCUAAAAGCCAUUGCCGCCGUCUUAAUGUCAUCUUGGCAAUUGUCCAGUCAACGCAUACAAAUGCCUGCCGUUUUAAGUAUGUUGCAACGCACAGUGAUUAGUGCAGCAUUGGCUAACCCAUUAUGUCCUGAUUUCCAUAAUAAGGGAAUACCUCACAGCUCGCUAAUAGAUGAGUUUUGCAUAAAAGCUCCUUUAGUGGGAUUUUCGGAACCAGCCUUGGCUUCGGACGGUACAUAUCUCUAUUUGCUAUUAGGUGGUUGUUUGCUUAAAGUUGGAACUGGUUACAAUGGUUCAUAUAAAGGUCAUAUCUACGCUCAAAAUGACGAAUUUACCAAGGAAAAAACUGGCUGGUUGGGCUUCAGUGGCGAUCAAUUAUAUUAUCGACGUAAUUCCAAACGAAAUGCCGAUCAUUUGCAUUUGAUCAAUACUGAGUCAUUAACCAUCAAAAGCAUGAAUCCGGUCAAUAUGUUGCCCAUACGCGAGGGCUUCAACUACACCUUAUUUACCGAUGAGGAUUCAUUGAACGCCAUCUGUACCAAUAGAGAUGAUACUUUGAUGGUGCGCCGAUUAAAUAUUUGCCCACAAAAUCGUGUCAGUGAUAGAGAUAUGGCUACACCAGCAGAAUUACCUUUGCAGUUAUCACGCAAAAGGUUUCGAACUUUGGGUUAUGCCACAUUCGAAGAGGAAGUCUUAAACCAAAAUCAAAUUUUGAAAAUUCAGUCUUCUUAUAACGUAUUUGAACCAAAAAUACCGAAUGACGUUGAUCUUCAGGAAAUUGUAUGUGGUAAAGAGUUUGGUCUAGUUUGCGCCACCAAUGGCAAAGUUUACUAUUAUGGCAAAUCGGGAGCGUUGGGAUUAAAAUCAGUUGGCCGCACGCCUAUCAUGAAACUCACUGAGUUGAUUAUUUCUAAGGUGUCCCGCAUCCUUCAUGUGGCACUAGGUCAUGAUGGCAUUCAUGCCAUUUUAGUUAACGAUGAUGGUACCGUGUAUUUUGCUGGUACAGCUCGCCGUGGUGAAGACGGUGACAUUUCAAAAAAUCGUCGCCAACCUAAAGCUGUAAAACCGAAGAAAAUGGCAAAAAUUGAAGGUCAUGUUAUCGUCCAAGCAGCUUCUAACAAUGGCACUUCAGCUUUUGUAACCAAAUCUGGGAAAUUGAUUAUGUAUGGGAAAGAUACAGUGCAUUGUGACGCUCAGGGUUUCGUAAGUGACUUUUCUGAUCAGCACAUGCAGAAGGUAGCCUUGGGUAAAGCUCAUUGCGUAGCUUUGAACGCUAAAGGACAAGUAUUUACUUUCGGUCUCAAUAACAAAGGACAGUGCGGUCACGUUUUUAUUAAAGCUAAAGACAUUAACGCGGUUUUUAUACCUUCUAUAGACAGCAAUAGCUCGGGCAAAAGUCAAACACCUGUGAAAAAACUUAAAUUUGAUUUUUCAAAUUUAUGCGACUACGACGAUCAUAACGUGGUCCAGGGUCAAUGUCGAGUAUGUAUUUUAUGCAAGGAGUGCACAGGAUACAAUGUGUCUUGUGUGUCUACUCUAAAUGUGCCCUUGGAAGAAAGAAUCUCAGGAGCGCUUUGUGCUUGUGGCCAUGGAGAUGCUGGUUGUUCUAAAUGUGGCUUGUGUGCUGCUUGUAUUGCUGUACAAGAAGCGGAUAAUGUUUCAGAGAGCAAGGAUGCUAAUAAACAAUUAACCCGUCAACGUUCGAAAAGCUUAAUUAUGCGACGCAAAGACAAAAAGUUAAGUGAAGAAUCCAUUGCUCAUGCCGAAGAAAAUCCACCCCGAGUAGCUCCGCUGGCCCCUCAGUUAUUGCACAUACCUUCAAGUUCACCUGUAGUACAAGUCGCUUGCGGCUUACAUCAUACUGUAGUCUUGACAUUGGCCGGUGAAGUAUUCACAUUUGGCAGUAAUCAAUUCGGUCAAUUAGGAACGGGAGAUAUGCAACCAAUAAGCGGCCCAAUACGCGUAAAUGUUACUGGUAACGUUUGCCAGGUAGCGGCUGGAAGUAAUCAUACAGUCCUUUUAACUUAUAAAGGCCUCAUUUAUACUUUCGGUAAUUAUCAGAAAGGCCAAUUAGGUCGUUUGCCGCAUGAUUUUCAAAACAAAACUUCAUCAUUAAAUGAACGGGAAAGAAGUAGUAUUCGUUUAGAAUCAAUGGGAGUAAAUGAAACGUCAACGGAAUCAUCUACGGUAACGCAAAUGUUAGCUCAGCGACAGAAGAUUUUGUGGCACUGUACUCCGGGUUUGGUGUUUGGUAUUGGUCCAAGUUUCGGUAAAAAAGCCACUUGGAUUGGUGCCAGUGGCGAUCAGACGUUUAUAAAAAUUGAUGAAUCUUUGAUAACCACACAGAUGUUACCAAAAAUGAAUGUGGCCGCCAAUAAGAAAACAAUAUUAAUGAUUCCUACAAUUCCUCUAAGUUUUAACGCCAUCUCAAUUAAUAGGCGUGAUGGAAGCUGCACAGCGCAUUACUAUAAUCAAGUGGAUUUCGUUAAACUGGAACAUGCUACCAGUAAACCAAAAUUAAUACCGGAAGUGAAUCGUAAUAUUGAUGAGAAUAUGAUGUCGAUGGGUCCCUCUUCGUCUUCAGCCAUCAACGAACAAAUUUCACGCAGCAUGCACGAUGCUCGAAAUCAAUUAUUCGACCUGCAAGAUAAUCAUGUACAUAAUAAUGUGCAAUCUGUUCAACGCAAAGAGCGCGGUAGAGAACAUUCGAAGGCCUCAGCGAGUUCUGUGGCAAUGGUCAAUUCUCCAGAAAAAAUACAUAGCAAGCUAGCAUUCGCCAUGGAUCCAUGGUAUAAUGUCUUGUGGGUUUAUGAUAGCAAUAAUAGAAAAAUUUUAUGCUACAACGUUUUGGCCAGUGAGAUUCCUUUAGUGACUCAGAAUUCCUCAAAUUACCGGGCUUUGCUGACUCCGGAAUUAUCGCUGCCUAAUAAGCAAGAUUGUCACAUAUCGCGUUUACAUGCUUCCCUAAAUUUGUUAGCCUGUUUAGAUGUCUUAACAUCAGCUCAAGAUGUUAUUCCGUCCUGCUUUGAAGACGUCGCGCCUAAGGAAGACAAUCAAAAUAAAGACGCCAAGGAUAGUCAAUAUCAGGUGGUUAAUCGCUUUGAUAAUUUCGGUGGUGGUUGGGGUUAUUCAGGGCAUAGCGUAGAAGCCAUACGUUUCUCAGCUGACACUGACGUUAUAAUAUAUGGCUUUGGUAUGUUUGGUGGUCGUGGUGAAUAUACAUGCAAGUUGAAAUUAUACGAUUUGGGUUUGGACGGUGGUGGUUAUGAGAAAGAAGGCACUUUAAUUAGUGAAACGAAAGAAGUGCCCUUUGAAUGUCCAGCGCGUAGCAAAUAUCAUAUUUUAUUACCGAAACCGAUAAACGCCACCGUGGGCCGUUGGUAUUUAGUAUGGACUCGUAUAGUGGGGCCAUCUUCUGACUGUGGUUCUUGCGGUCAAGGUACAGUAACAACCGAGGAUCAAGUUGUCUUUACAUUCAAGUCUUCUAAAAAAGCCAAUAACGGAACUGAUGUGAACUCCGGACAAAUACCAUCUAUCCUCUACCGUUUAGUAGCUCAAGAAUCAAAACAGGCUAUUGUUCCCGUUGACAUAGAUCCGGUGAAGAGCGUGACCAAAGAAUUCGCUAACAGUGUAAAAAAAGAAUGCUUUGAGAGUUUGGUUCUCUUACUCAAUUGGUCUUGGGAAGCCUUUAAAAGACAUUUGAGAGAGCAACGAGAUAAGUCACAUCAGCUGCAAGUAAAACAAUCUUUGGAAUAUCUUAUACAUGUUAAUAAGUCCUGUUUGCGUUUGUUAAGAAAAUACACUAAUGAAAUAUAUCCACAAUACGGUAAUAAAGAGGAUAUUAUUUGCGAUUAUAUUUCCUAUAACGUAGCCGAAGCUAUUAAUAGUAAGUCGACUAAUAGCAAAAAGAUCGAAAAGGAUUUUUUGAAAUUAACUAAGCCCAACUCCAUAUCAACAGCAUCGGAAAAGAAUUAUAAUGAAUCAACGGUGCUUCUGAAUCAGUCAACUACUGUACACAAACCGAAUUUGGAAAAUAUUCAUCUGGCCGAGUGUAUCGGUAACGUAAGAGCAAUGCUUAUCGGUAUCUUCUGUGACGAUAUAUUUCAGGAUGUAAGCAGUGAAGAAGCUAUGUCAAUGGCUUUGGAGAUCUUGGAAGAAUGUCACAUAAGUUUUGUAGCAUGCUUUGGAAUAUUCUACCCGACUUCGACUCUCAAAUGGAAUUGUUUGUGCGAUUUACUCUCCGAAAUGGAUAAACAAGGAAUCUUGCACUCGCGCUUGUUGAGUGCAAUUUUAGCUGGUCUAUGUUCACCUACGGUAAAAUUGCGUUCCACUUUUGCUCUGCUGAGUCAGGGUAAUGAACGUCAGUCUAUUAUAAGUCCCAGUGAUAAUUCAGGUUUGCCCAUGUUAUCUUCGACCGAUGGGCAUCAGUAUCCUAUUCUCGUGGAACAAAUGAUUUAUCGUACUCAACAAGAGAAAAGCGAUUUCCUCAGCAAUUCCUGGACUUUUAAAGAUGUAUUAAUGCGCUUAUUGGACAUUAUAGCGAACCCAAUACGUGAUAGAAUUGAGAAUAUUUAUAACCGUAGCGUUCACUUUAAUUACUCCAAUGGCAGCGUUUGCAGUAAGGAGAUGAAUCAAGGUCUGAUUGAUAAUUGUUGCCAUCUUUUGGGCAGAGUAUUAGCGGAAAUCGUCUAUCAAACAGCUUUAGGAGAUUAUGAUAAAAUAUUUGUUCCCCCGCGCAGCCUGCACUCGUCAGGUUCACGUUUUGCUCGUUGCGAUCAAAGUCGGACAUGGAAUACUGGUAAUUUUGGUCCCGAUGCCAUUGCAUUCACUGUAGACAGUCCAGGUAUAGCAAUAGCGGGAGCUAUGAUUUAUUCCGGUUCAGGCAGUUAUGAGUAUCAAUUGGAACUCUUAUAUGAUAACAGUGGUGAUUUGCAGCAAUCUCAACAACAACAGCAACAGCUUCAACAACAGCAUAAAUGGGAAACCUUAGAAUCAAUUUCGGGUACUUACGAUCAAACCUCGGUACACAACGAUAUGACGGAAAUCAAAUUUGAAAGAUCAGUUCUAAUUAAGGAGAAUACUCGCUAUGCUCUGAGGCUUUGUUCUCAGGGAGCACGUACUUGUUCGGGAGAUAGUGGUAUGGCGUCUAUACGAGGACCUUGUGGAACCACAUUUCAUUUUUACGCUUGUGAUCUAAGCUUUAAUGGCACUAAUGCUCAUCGCGGUCAAAUUCCCUGCAUACUUUAUUAUAGUACACCGCUUAAACAAGAUUCUAGUACCGCUUACAGUGGAGGUAGAGGUAUUAGUUGUGUUGAUACAUCUGGGGUCAGCGAUAGUAAUCUUUCAAGUAAAGUCACCAUGCGUGACACAGCUUUACAAAUUGCUUCAGAUAUAACCAAGAAAUGCUCUGAACUUUUGGUUUUGGCACGCAACAAUCUGGCUGCCUCUUUAUCGCCGUCUGAUAAUUCUUCAAAUCAUUCGCAGACAAUUGACUCUGAGCAUAAUAUUACUCCUAUCGAAGAGCACAUGGAUAUAAAUUGGGCCAAUAAUUCUCGCACAUCUGUUUUGCCGGCUGAUGGCGGUAGUAUAUCAUCUGCUCGUGAUCUUUCCAAACGAUUAGAGUCAUUUUCCAAAGGCAUUAUAGAAACUUUAAAAUUUGAAAAGCGUUCUACAAACCCUUUCGAAAUGGAAAUCGAAAUUGGUGCAACCGAAAUACAUCCUAAGGAUUUGUUAUUAGAAGAAUCUUCUUCAAUACAAGACCUUAAUUUGCGUAACGGUCAAAUGACGAAACUUAAUGGCAAUGAACGUACAGGCGCUGAAGCAGUAGAAGAUUUCGCGGUUACAUCUCAAUACAAUCCUAUGGGUAUGUCAAAAGCCGAUUCCGAUGAAACUCCGGCGCAAUUAGCAGCUGUACAAAUUUUAGAAAUUUUUAAUUUAAAUUCGUCGAACCUUUUUCAUACGUUAUUGCCACUCGUUUAUGCUCACAUAGCGAAUUUAGCUUGUAGUGAUGCCAAGAGUUCAGUGCAAAUUUUGGGCUUAAUUAAAGACAUACUGCCGCAUAUAGCUGCAUUGAAUCAAUUAAAUUAUUCCAAAGAUCAAAAUGGUCAAAUGCAUUUAUUUACAUUGCCACGUCUACGAGACAUCUCCGAACCUUAUCGUAAGAAAUGUGAAACAGAAGAUAAUAGUUUAGUAGCUGCCGGAAGUGAGUGGGGAUCAACUAAUGAUAUAACGACCACUAGUAACCACUAUUGCAUCGUGGAAAGUGAACAUCCAUAUCGGAGCGCUUCUAUUAAUUGUUAUCGUGUCGAGUUUCCAGCAUGUGUGCAAUGGCUAACGAUAGAAUUCGAUGCGCAGUGCGGCACAGCGCAGUUAGAAGAUUACCUUUUGGUUUCGAUGCCCACGAGACCACUUUUAAAUUGUGAACCUGGCCCAAUACAUGACGAUUAUUACGACAUUUUGGAUAAUAACAUAAAAACGAACCGAGGCAAUUGCAAAAACGCUACUUUAAUAGCGACAUGCUACAAAGCACCUGCGUGGCGUGAUAUUCAGCCAACAAUAGAUCCUGAUUGGAUAGUCGUUAAAAAAUUUAACACGCCUUCGAACUGGUUGCAAAACGUCAUGAUAUUACCUGGUAAUUGCGUAGAGUUUUCUCUAGAAACAUCUUCCCUUUACGCCCAAGACCCCCAUAUUAAUCGUUACGGUUUUAAAUGUCUUGUAGUGGGUUACGAUAAUCCAGUAUUGCUAAAUAGUAAUAAUUCAUGUUUGGUACGUAUUGAACAGGAGUUAGCUUAUUUGGGAGGCAUGUGUAGUGCUAAUUUAAUGAGGAAGAAUCUGAGUUUACCAGAUGACAUAAAUGUGGACGAUUUAGCUAGCAUUAGUGAAACGAUUAGUGCACAUUUUCCUUUGCUGUCUAAAGGUUUAGCUUUAUCUGAACCAGAAUUAAAUAUACACCAGGCUUUGGAAUCUUACCUACCAAUAGGUUCGCAAUCCAAUGAACGCCAAUUUCUAAAGGAUUUCAUUAGUGGAGCUCCUGGUUCCUCUGGGGCCAGAUUGGCUGCUUGGUUGCAACCAGAACCACGUCUAGAUCCCAAUAAGUGUGAAUUGAAUACAAUAACCGAACCGCUACGGUACGGUUGGCCAACACAGAUCACAGUAAGCAUACGUGAUCAGUAUGGAGAUGCCAUAGUGGUGCCCGAACUGAAGGUCGAAAUAAAGGCAAUACCUACUGGUGCAACCGGUAAUGGCAACAUUAAAUUACGAAGAGCUUCCCAGACAGACAAUUAUUUUGGUGGCAUAGCACCGCCGCCACGUCUUAACUACGAACCUACUGUUAAAGAGAAAAUGUGCUUUAAGGCCAUUACCUUUAUGAAAUCAUAUAACAAUUAUUCUUUUGAGGAAUUACGCUACAAUAGUCCCCUUCAAACUAGAGUCACAGAGACUUUAUAUGCUCAUGAUAUGGAAGAUGGCACGUUCAGCAUUCAUUGGACUCCCAAUGCUGUGGGUAGUUACUGUCUUACUAUUAAUAUCGAUGGUAUUUUAUUAGAGGAGGUUUAUCGUGUCGAAGUUAAAGAAGGCAGUGCACCACCUCCGACACACAAGAGAGUAAUGAAGAAUUCUCAAACUCCCAACAGGCUAAGAAAAUUUCACACGAAGAACACGGCUGGUUUGCGUAUACGUUCUCAUCCAACUUUACAGUCUGAACAAGUGGGUGUAGUUAAAUUGAAUGGUGUCAUUUCAUUCAUAGAUGAAAUUGAAAAUGACGAUGGUGUAUGGUUACGACUUUCUACUGAAUCUAUACGCCAACACUGCACCAUUGGUUGGUAUCCUACUGAAGCAUGGUGCUUACAAUAUAAUCAACAUUUGGGUAAAACUUUGCUACAUCCAGUAGUAGAAGCAGUGUCUCCUCCGACAGACAAUUCUGUACCAGAAAUUACUGGUGACAAUGCCUCUCUAACUCCUAGGACUUGUAUAGCAGCCUCAGAGCACAAAAAGCAUUGCGAGUUAUUAGAGAGUUUAGAACCAGUUGCUUUAAUAACGGAAUCGCCGCCGCUUAUCAACGAAACAUCGGUUUCUCCCAAUAAGAAAGUUUUUGAUUAUUUAACCAGUUCUUCUUUGAAAUCGAUAGAGGGUCAAUCAAUUUCAACCAAUCCAUUCGUUUGUAACGAUAGCGAUUCAAAGCCCUCAUUAGCUGGUGACAAUUUUUCCAUGACUUCGCAACAGCAAAAUUUUGAUAAUGAUAUCGAGCAAAUAUCGAGGCCGGCUUUUGUUGCUGGACAAAGCGACGAUACACAAUAUUCCACUUUAACGGGCUCUUCUAAUGCUAUUGGUUCGGCUAUAGCGGGUGUAGUUGGAGGUGGAGCCAUUAAGUUACAAGCUUUACAAAAAUGGUUCAAAGGUGACAGCAUGAGUGAAGCUAGUGCGAUUCGAGAAAAUUAUCAAUUCAAACGCACUGACAUGGGCGAAAUUGCUUCAGUUUCUGUUCGAGAAUUAGUACGAGUGAUGGGAGGUCAAGACACCAGAAGCAAUGGAAAUAAUUUUAGCCAACGUUCACCUAACACCACACAAAUACCGUUAGAAAAAAAGAAAGAUUCGCCAAACAACAGCGUGAAAUCAAAUGAGAGUUCCGAUAUAUCUGGAGUUAUGAGUUCCAAUGCGGUAUACGAGUCAAGUCAAACGGGACGCAGUUCCAAAGAAGAGACUGUAAAAACGGAGCCGACGCAUUUCGACGUAAUUAAUAUGAGGAAAACAAAUUUUACACCUAGCCAAACGGCUGCUUUGCUGUCGACCCCAAAACAUUCGCCACGAAGAAUAAUCGGUUCCCGCAAAUCGGCAAUGAAUGCAGUAGGUUCGGCUUCAACAGAUACCGGAACUGUUAAAGAUUCAGAUUUAUCGAAUUUAGAAGAAGAAAUGAGCUUAUUGCAAAUUACGACCACUGCACCAGGCGGAGAUAACACUACUCAAGAUCAGAUAUUACUUGGAGAGUUGAGGACAACCUGUUCCGCGGGCAGCGCUGAAUAUUCCAGUUCUCAUGUUUGGCCGGAACGGAUUGGUUCCGCUAGAUGUAAUGCCACACAAAAUGCUUUCUUCAAAACUGCCUCUGGCAUUAAAAAAAGCACCAUUGGCCCCAUUAAACGAGCUAUGCCGCCUUCUUUUGCCGAAAGUAUUAGAGCUGUGUUUGCAGCAUUUCUGUGGCACGAAGGUGUUGUACACGAUGCAAUGGCUUGUGCGAGUUUUCUCAAAUUUCAUCCAAAUUUGCCAAAAGAGGGCACUAUCGUUGUUACUAGACGCGAUCAUAGCGACAGCAAGCAACAAUUAUCUCGCGAACAGAAAGUUCAGCAGCGUCAUUCCGUGGAAGUGGCCAACGCUGGCAAUUAUCUAAACAUACGGCCUUCAACCCUAGAAACUUUAACGAAAAGUGGUAACUUUUCUGUCAGCAAUCGCAGAUACCGUAAAACCCAAUCUAAUGAUAUCUCUGACACUGAAGGCGGUAGUGAAAAACCGAAACUACAUUCUUUGCCGGAAGUCGUGACCGUGCUACCACCAGCUUUGCGUAGUCUUGUAUACUUGUGGGAACAUAUAUGCGCCAAUUGUAUUCAAAUAGUUCAGUCAAAUUCCUUGGGUCAUGAGAAGGUAUCUUCCCGCGAGCUAAAUGUAGAACCGAAAGAAAAAUCUUUCACAAAAGAGAAAGAAAAUAAAAAGGUAAAAAAGAAAAAAGACGAUGGUUCAUGGUGUGAAAUAUGCCAAGUUUUCCUCCCCAUACCGGUUACCUAUCAUAUGAGAAUUGUGCACCCCGGCUGUGGUAAAUCAGCCAAAGGUAAGGGUUACAAUUCCGUUGGCAUCUUUUGUGAAGGAUGGGCCGGAAAUUGCGGUGAAGGUGGGAAAGGUGCCUCCAGUUGGUUUUUAAUGUGUGAUGCUUGUCGUGACAAAUACAUAUCAACCAAUAAAAACACUAACAAUUUAAACAAUACAAACGCUAGCUGUGCAGGCAAUGACCUAAAUUUGUUUGGGAUUAAAACUACCACACUGAUCGCCAAUUCGGAAAUCUACACAACCAUGCGCCAAAAUGCUACAUUUUUAUUAGAACUGUCGUCAAAUGUUACAAAUUUGCCAACUGAUCGCACACUCCCGCUUGGUGGAACGACUACUAAACGUUCGCCUCAACAAAUGCCAGUAGUAGUUGAACAUCAACACUUUAGCAUUGCUGAUAUGAACAGACCAAGUACCAGCAGAGGAGAAUCAGUACGGCACAAUCGGGUUGGUUUAAAGAUUAAUGGAAAAUCCUCAGGUAACUCACUGUUCCGAAAAAGCUUCACAGGUGGCCCAUUUUCACCAGAGCAACCAUGGUUAGCACCUGAAACGUUCGCUUGCUUGGAAACUUUUGGAGCAGGUAACAAAGAAGACCUACCUUAUGAGAUAUUCGGCUUGGGAGCGAAUGAAACUGGCCUUGAUAGGCCUCUCUCUGAAAUUUCUUACGAAUCAUCUGAUCCAACUAAUUAUGAAGCAUCUGGUCAAUCAGGUUGUAUGAAUGCAAGCGCUACUUCAUCUAGAUUUCACCGUAGUUUCUCUAUGGGACAAGGUUGGGGUGUGGUACAACAACAAGCCAAUAAUUCUAAUUUGAAACAAGAUGAGCCAUAUUAUCCUAAAGUAAUAUUCCGAAGACGUAACAAUUCAAUCAGCGAUACGGACGGCUCUCUAUUGAUCUGUUAUCCUUCCGAAAACUUGAGGCGUUUAGUGCCAGAGCACGUGCUUCUGGCUACAUCGGUGGUACAGCGAGGAUUUGCGACGGAUCGGGAUUGCAAUAUCCAGCAAACUCAAUUCGAUAACGAAAAGACCGUUAAAAAUCCAAAGCAAGAGCAAAAUCAGUACAACAAUUUAGAUUUAAAAACUGUUAACCAUAUCCAAAUAUUAUUACAGCGUCCAGCUAUGGCUUUUAUUACACAAAAGCACGAUUUAAAAAAGUUGCGAAGUGCUAUGAAACGGAGUCUACGUGUAGCUACUUGUCGUAAUUACUCGUUGCAAGCUCUAAAUUGGCUUUUGCGUUCUGUUACACAAAGUGUUUGUCUACAUGACCUUAUGUGGUGGUUUGUAAGUUCUUUGAGUACAGCUACGACCUCAUUAGCAGAUCCGACUGAGGGAAAAUUUGACGAUUCCGAACCGGCUCUUGAACACCCUGUUUCGUAUACUCAAAUUAGCGGUCGUUUGUCUCACAUGAUUACUAAAAGUUUACAUAAGUUUUUACAAUCGGUAGCCGAUCUGACAUUAUACCUGCCAUUGGGAUCAUCGGUACAACGUAUUGCUAUUCAAUGCUUUGGUAUACGAUUUAGACAGACAGAUCAUCAAUUUUUACAUAGUUCUCAUGUAUUUGGUAACAUUUCCAAAAUAUUAUCGAAAUCCGAUGAACAAAAUGAAAGUCCAAACAUUUUUGGUGUAAACGAUAAUCUCGUUAAUGGAGCUAACGGUGAUGAACACAAUGCCGUGGGUGGAGGUGUUCAUGCAGCCAAUGCAAUGGUAGAUGCUGGAGGAAAAGUCAUCUAUUACACCGAUUUAAAUGGUCAGUUUGAAUUAACGGUAUCUUCACGUCAAGCCAUGGCUGAAUCAUUGAUCGAUAACUCAACAGAAACGUUUUGGGAAAGCGAUGAAGAAGACCGCAAUAAAAGUAAAAUAAUAGAAGUUUCUAUGAACAAGUUAAGCUAUUGUUGUAAAAUAGUUUUAGUUCACAUUGACAAUAGUCGGGACAUUCAGAACAAAGUGUCUAAUGUUGUCUUUUACGGGGGCCAAUCUUUGGGCGAUACCAGUCUUAUUAGAUCGGUAGAGGUCGAUUCGAAGUUAUGCGCCUGGAUAUCGACAAAAAUUUAUAACGAUAACUAUACACACUUCCGUUUAGAAUUUAGUGGUCCCGAGAGUAGCCUACGUGUACGCCAAAUUAAGCUUUUGGGCUUGCCUGCUGUAAUGUGUGGAUCGGGUGAACAUUUUACCAACCCAUACGAAUCACCCUUUCACAAUUCUCCUGUUCAAGCUUUUAAGUUUAAUCUAAAGCUAACUCAUGCUCUCCGCAUACAACAACAAAUUUGUGAAAGUGAAACUUUGCGAGUUUUUCGCCUAAUAACCGGUCAAGUUUUUGGGAAAUUAAUAAGCACUGAUGCUGCCAGAGAAGAAGGUAUUGUGAUGGGUAAGAGUUCUUCUCAGAACAUCUUGGAUAUGGAUUCAAGUGGAAAUUCAAUGUUGGCGGAUUCUUUGGACUUAAGAGAACAUAUGGUAGGCAUAUUGUUUUCGCGCAGCAAAUUAUCACAUUUGCAAAAGCAAGUUAUUGUGCACAUUGUGCACGCCAUUAAGAAAGAGGCUCGCCGAGCGCGUGAGGAUUGGGACGUUGUCAACUUGGCAACUAACUUUAAAGAAGCUAACGUGAAUGGUUCUGCCAAUGGUCAAGAUAAUAAAAGUGAAACAAGCUCAGAGAGAAAUCGUAUCGCAGAUACUUAUUGCUUUGAAAUGCUAAGCAUGGUAUUAGCGUUAUCAGGAAGUGUAGUGGGACGUUCAUACCUUUCUCAGCAACAUGGACUCAUUAAAGAUCUUCUUAGUCUUUUGCAUACCGGCAGUGAUCGAGUACAGCGUCAAGUGACCGCCCUAUUACGUCGUAUCCUACCGGAAAUAUCACCGGUUACUUUUGCCGAUAUUUUGGGAGUUCAACGUCUUCCUCCUGCUGAUUAUGACAUAGCUCAUCAGAUAGCAAUUGACUUCGAUAUGGAUAGUUUGGGUUUGUUGGAUAUAUUUCUAGCUGUUAUCGCUAAAUCGUUGCAAUUGCAAAUCAAAGUGAAAAGCUCGGGACCUAAAACGGGCUUAGAAAAGACUCCCUCAUUCGUGCGACUUUACAGUGCUUUGGACCUUUCUGUACAUUUAUUGAAGCCGUCGCGUUUAGAGUUUAGAGUGGAUUACGAAAAUGUCACAAUUGAGGACACCUUUACCAGGAAUGAAUAUUUUGAUUAUGAUCGUUAUGUAGACAAUGGAAAGCAAACGCGGCCUGUAUCACGAGAAAUACGUAAAGAAUCACAGAAAAAUCUUAAUCAGCGCUGGUUUCUUAAUGGAAUAAUACCCACAAAACAGGCAGAAAGUAUUAUAGCUCUUAUAAGGGAUUUAGCCACGGGCAAAUUAGGUGAAAAGUGGUGCCAAACGACAAAGGCAGCAAUAGCGGAAGCUGUCUUAAAUCUAACUCGUUUAGAUGAAGUGUUUCGUUCGCCUGAGAAUUGCGUCAAAACUGCAACGUUAUGGUUGGCUCUGGCUAGCCUUUGUGUCCUGGAUAAUGAUCAUGUUGUAAAGUUAUCAUCCGGUCAGUGGACGAUUUCCGACACAAGGCCUAUGUGCAGUAAUCACGAUGACGGCGAGACACCAGCCAUAAUACAAUGCGAAAGUUGUGGUUCUCUAUGCGGCGACUGCGAUCGAUUUUUGCAUUUAAACCGCAAAACUCGUAUGCACAAACGCACGGUAUGUAAAGAAGAGGAAGAAGCCAUUCGUGUAGAAUUACAUGAAUCUUGCGGUCGUACUAAACUAUUCUGGCUGUUGGCUUUAGCUGACUCUAAAACUCUUAAAGCGAUGGUAGAAUUUCGUGAUGGCAGUCAUACUAUUAUAUCAGGAAGUCAAGAUUCGGUGGGUCGUUGCCGUUUUUGCGGCAUCACUGGCAAUUCGGGACUUUUGGAAAUCGGCAAUGUUUGUGCCGAUCCCCAAUGUCAGGAAUAUGCAGCCGGUUCAUGUAUGAAAACUAAACCGUGUGGUCAUGCCUGCGGUGGAGUUGUAAAUGAGAAAAAAUGUUUACCUUGUCUGCAGCAUGUAUGUCAUGCCCGUGAAAAUGAUACAGCAGAAGGGCUAAACGAACCUAAACUUACUCAAGAUGCGGAUGAUAUGUGUAUGAUUUGCUUUGUUGAAGCCUUAGCGUGCGCGCCAUCGAUACAGUUGGAAUGCGGUCAUGUUUUUCAUUAUCAUUGCUGUAAAGCUGUGCUGGAGAAACGUUGGGCAGGCCCACGCAUAACCUUCGGGUUUUCUCUGUGUCCGAUAUGCAAAGCCGAUAUUAAACAUGCUAUGCUAGCGGAUAUUUUGGAACCAAUUAACUCACUGAAACUGGACGUUAAACGUAAAGCUUUGAUACGUAUAAAGUAUGAGGGCUUGGUACGCGAUACCGAAAGUCGUGAUCUAACAGCCUUAGCUAUGGACCGCUAUGCUUAUUACGUAUGCUUUAAAUGCCAGAAAGCUUAUUAUGGCGGUGAGGCUCGCUGCGAUGUCGAAAUAGGUGAAAAAUUCAAUCCCGAAGAAUUGGUUUGUGGUGGUUGUUCCGACGUAGCGCGCGCUCAAAUGUGUCCCAAACACGGGACGGACUUCCUAGAAUAUAAAUGUCGCUACUGUUGCUCGGUAGCAGUAUUCUUUUGUUUUGGUACCACACAUUUUUGUGAUACUUGCCACGACGAUUUCCAACGUUUAACGAAUAUACCGAAAAGUAAAUUACCACAAUGUCCAGCUGGCCCUAAGGCAAAACAACUAAUAGGCGAUGAGUGUCCCCUACACGUUAUACAUCCACCAACAGGUGAGGAAUUUGCUCUGGGGUGCGGUGUGUGCCGUAAUGCUCAGACAUUUUAGCAGCAACAUGAACACAGUAUGUAUUUGAAUGACGAUGGGGGCGGUCGCAGUAGUAAUAUUGUUGGUCAAGCCGACUGUAAUGGUGACUUUGCCGUCUUACAUUUAGAAGAAAAGUUGGAUAAUCGUCAUUGCUACGAAUUAGAAGCCAGUGAUGAUGAAGACGAUUAUGACGAUUAAAUAUUAAAUACAUAUUUUCUAUAUAUAUUUUCUAACGCUACGUUUCUGCACUCACUUAGUUCUUAGUAAUCGUAGCGUCUGUAGUAAUCUGCAUUUCACAAUCAUUAUUCUUCACAAUAUUAAAAAAAUUUAAUUAAGAAAUAAAUGGUAUCGAAAAUCUUA